CUAAAAGUUAAAAAAAGUAGUUAUUCUUGUUAAAUAUUUAUUUGAAAGAUAUUUCCUUCAUUUGUUCCGAUAUGGGUUGAGCUUGAGUAAAUUUGUCUUGAAGCAUGUUUUUGAACUAAAUAGAUUGGGUCGAACUUUGUUUUAUGAAUACUGGUUCAUACUAAAUUAGCAUACACAAGCUGCAGUCCUGCUCAAUGGAAGAUCUUUACAAGCUUUUGAACACCAGAUGUUCCGCUCAGAUUGCCGCUAUGAAACUAAUUGCAAAGCGACCACGAAAAAUUACUGCUGCUCUAAAGUUGUUGCUUUAGUUAAAACAUAGUUACCAAAACAUAGUUACAAAAACAUAGUUACCAAAACACUCUAAAGUUGUUACUUUAGUAACCAAAACAUCAACCCAUAAUUAGAAGAUGACUCGUCUUAGAACUCAGUCUACCAAUGAGUGCACACUUUUUGUAAACAAAUGCGCAUUAAGAAGAAUAUUUACAAGAAGAUUUAUCCUUGAUUUUUGCAAAUACCUCGUCGUAAUUGUUACAUAUUUGGUACUGGAACUUCUCGAAGAACCUAGCACUGGCAAUUCUAUAGAUGUUCCACAAAACUUGGUUCAUCCCAAAUUGUUCCUUAAAUAUUUGUUGAAUGAUCUCAACAAAAUCACUGGAAGAAUUGUGUGCAACGAAAAGGUUUGCUUGACUAAAUUUUUGAUUGUGGAACACUUGGAUUACAUGUUUAAGGUGUUUUAGAUUUUUAAUUUGGAUUAUUCUAACGGUUUAGAGAAAUUUUUGCAACUUUAAAUAUAACUUAACCUUUGGCAAGGAAUGAAUGGUUAGCACCAUCAACAAUGUAGCUCGACUUUUUCAACUAUUACAUAGACUAACUAGUGAUCACUACUGAUGAAGGCUGAAAGCUUGGCAUAGUUAAAUAUAUAAUUAUUUUGUAUGCUCAUCAUGCAACAGUUAUUAUAUUGUAUUAGCUUGAAUUUUUGGCUGCAUAAGCGGCCAAAAUUUCAAUCAUUGUAUACUCAUGCUGCAGUUGUUACAUUGUAUUUACACGAAUAUUUGUAAUGUCCGUUAAAAAAGAGUCAGUACUACGCGAGAUCAAUAUAUAUUUUAGUUUUA